UGCGGAGUACACCGGCUGUGGACACACCGUGCAUACAAAGCCACACCAGCCCUGCGCCGCCUACUCAUGACUCUGGCUAUUAUGUCAUUCCAGCACAACGUUUACAAGUGGUGUCGCGACCAUCGCGUGCAUCACCGGUACGCCGACACCGACGCCGACCCCCAAGACAUACGGCGCGGCUUUUUCUUUGCCCACAUCGGUUGGCUCGUCUGCCGUAAGCACCCGGCGGUGAUCCGGGCCAGCAGGACCAUUGACAUGUCCGACUUGGACCACGAUCCAUUGAUACAGUUUGAUCGCCGCUAUCACGUGCCACUAGCGGUGGUCAUAUGGGGUGCUAUACCGACGCUAAUACCAUGGUAUUUUUGGUCGGAGAAUCUGUGGGUAGCGUUGUUUGUAUGCGUGUUUUACCGGCAUGCUUUCACGUUGAACGUCACCUGGAGUUUGGCCAGCGUUGCCCACGUGUUUGGUAAUAAGCCAUACGAUAAACACAUUAGCGGUACUGAUUGCCCGAUGGAGUACGUAAUGAUGGGCGAGAGUUAUCAUAAUUAUCAUCAUACAUACCCAUGGGAUUAUUCACAAUGUGAACAUGGAAAGUUUGUCGCAUUUAACCCUGGCACUUUGUUUAUCGACUUUUUUGCGUGGUUAGGCUGGGCGUACGAUCUCCGCAAACCAUCCAGGGAGAAUGUUAAAAAUAGAAAAUUGCACACAGGCCAGACUAUACCUAGAUAUUAG